AACCCCAACAGACGAAGAACCCUACAGUAGCCCUUCACCUCCUGCCUAUAUAAUCAUUGCAUUGCCCACUUCAUUUCUCUGUGCAAUCAUUCUCUAUCCAUCUCCACUUUCUCACUUUCUCUCUGUUUUCUUGCACUUUCUCUGCUUGCUUGGUUAGAAUAUUCAAACACAGGUCGGUCGCCAUGGGAGGAGCUUGCAUAGAAGAAGGCCUACCUAUCACCACCACCACAACUCCUUUGCUUCUUAAUUCAAAGUUGUCUUAUUCAAGUGAUCAUGAAGCUGGAAGUUCCUUCAACUCUAACGCUGAAUCCACUGAUUCUUCCAUAACUCCUGUUCUUGUUCUCAGCACCUUCGUCGCCGUUUGUGGCUCCUUCUGCUAUGGCUGUGCUGUUGGUUAUUCGUCGCCUGCUGAAUCUGGAAUCAUACAAGACUUAGGCCUCUCGGUGGCGUCGUACUCAGUGUUUGGGUCCAUAAUGACGAUUGGAGGAAUGAUAGGUGCCAUUAUAAGUGGGAAGAUUGCAGAUUUCAUUGGCUGGAAAAGGACAAUGUUCUUGUCAGAAUUAUUCUGCACGCCAGGGUGGCUUGCUAUAGCCUUUGCCAAGGAUGCUUUGUGGCUGGAUAUUGGAAGACUGUUGAUUGGAUUUGGAAUAGGACUUCUUACUUAUGUGGUGCCAGUAUACGUGGCAGAAAUCACACCCAAGAAUCUUCGAGGUCGAUUUACAGCAGCCAGCCAGAUGUUGACUAGCUGUGGCUUUGCACUGUCCUACUGUGUUGGGAAUAUUAUUUCUUGGCGCACCUUGUCUCUCAUUUGUGCUAUUCCAUGCGUUUUGCAGCUUGUGGGUUUAUUCUUCAUUCCAGAGUCUCCUAGAUGGCUGGCGAAGCAUGGAAGAGAAAAAGAAUUUGAAUUGGCUUUGCAACGUCUUAGGGGAAAGAAUGCAGAUAUUUCAGAAGAAGCAAUGGAUAUAAAGGUUAUGACAGAAACCUUUGAAAGCGAAUCACAUAGCAGAAGUAGACUUGACUUGUUCCAACGCAGAUAUUAUUUUUCAAUCAUCGUUGGAGUAGGGUUAAUGUUACUACAACAACUCGGAGGGAACAGCGGCGUCGUAUAUUAUUCCAGCACCAUAUUUACUGAAGCUGGUUUUUCUACUAUUAUAGGAAACACAUCGUUAGCUGUUGUAUUGAUGAUGUCAGCUAUGGUGAGCCUUCUGUUAAUGGAUGUAUUUGGAAGACGAACACUUCUGAUGGUUUCUUCAGCUGGAACAUGCUUGUUCUUAUGCCUAGUUGGAUUAUCAUUCUUCUUCAAGGAACAUGGCUAUUUUGAGGAGCUCACUCCAUAUAUGGCAUUUGUAGGCUUACUGGGUUAUCUUGGAGCUUUUGGAAUGGGCAUAUCAGGAAUACCAUGGGUUAUCAUGUCAGAGAUAUUUCCUGUCAAUGUAAAGGCCUCAGCUGGAAGUCUAGUUACCCUAACCAAUUGGUCUUGUUCUUGGCUAAUGUCCUACACAUUCAACUUUAUGCUUGAAUGGAGCCCAGCAGGAACAUUCUUCAUCUUUGCGAGUAUCUGUGGUUUCACUGUUGUAUUUGUUUGGAAGUUGGUGCCAGAAACCAAGGGACGAACAUUGGAAGAAAUACAUGCAAGAAUUGCUUAUAGAGGAUAAACUUUCACAAUAGUUACUAUGUAUAGAAAUCAUUUUUAGAUUUGUUAAAGGUUUAAGGCCAUAAGGUCUCAAAUCGGAGAUCCAUUUGUUUAAUUAUUAAUUUGAUGUCGAAAAUUUUAUGAAGGAAAGGGCAAAAGGUGUGUGGAGUCUGAUUAGAAACAACCCAUUUGUUCAUUUAUGUAAGGGAUGGGUUAGGGUGGGUCUUGAAUUAGAGACCCAUUGUCUACAAGAUUGUGAAAUUUAUUAAAGGGGGAAUUUAUUUGACCCCUCUUUGUAUUAUUAUUUUAUGAAUCAAUAUUAAAAUUUUUGUUUAU